AUGGAUCCCGAGUCGCAACUGACCAGCCCCGAGCCAGAUUUGGCCGAGGCUGACAGCUCCGCCAGCAGAAGGAAAUCGGGCCGCGCGACACGGAAACCGGAAUUGUUCUCCCAAAAAUUCAGCUCACAGAAUGGCGCGACGCCUGGAAAACGCAAGCGCAACACAACUGGUGAUGAGAACGAUGAGGAUGAUGAUAGCGAAAGCCAUGCCGAGGACAUUGAUGACGCGUCGGAGUCUGAAGGCGACGUGUCCAAUGAUGAGCCCGAUGAAGAAGAGUUGCGAGAGAAGAAACGAGCGGCGCGCCGGGCGUCCGCAAAGAAGGCCGCUUCCGGGUCGAAGCCAAAAACGAAGUCUCGUGCGGCGAAAAAGCCCAGAUUUGUCGAAAAUGGAACCGGUAAUCAAUUGGCAUUCCGUCCCGCCCCUAGUGGGAGGAAAGUGGUGUCGCGUCCCCGGAAGCCUAAGGUGCGGCCUAGCCUGGCUGCUGGCGAACGGGGUCUUUAUGCGGAGGUCUUCGGGAAAGGCCGCAAUGCCGACACGACCGCCGCGGAUUGGCUCACCCGCUACCAGAAGGACCAAUCCAUCGCCAUGCGGGACAUGGUCAAUUUCAUUCUCCGGUGUACCGGUACUGAUCUCGAAGUGAGCGCCGCCGAUAUUGAAGAUCCCGAUCAUAGCCCGGACCGCAUCGUGGAUUUGCAAAAUCUGUACCAUGCCGAAGGCAUCUCCGAAUAUCCUCUCAUCUCAAAAGCGAAGAAGUACCGAGCGUUGCAACCCGUUCUCGCCGAAUUCUUCAAUUCUUUGAUCCAGACCUUGCACCAUUCGUCCGUCUUGUAUGAUGACGAAAAGCUCUAUGAAAACCUGCAAAUUUGGAUCUCGGCCAUGUCGACCUCCCACUGUCGCCCCUUUAGGCACACCGCCACCGUUGUCGCCGUGAAUAUCAUGAAUGCCAUGUGUGAUGUUGCCCGCGAGUUGAUGACUUCCAUUUCCACGUCCCGAAAACAGCUCGAAAGCGAGAGGAGAAAGAAGACGGUGAAUAAGGGCAGGGCUGACGCGAUCGAGACCGCUGUUCAAGAGGGUGAGAAGAAGCUGGAGACAAUCGAUGACUACCUGAAGGACGGGGUCAACAUUGUAUUCGUCCAUCGCUAUCGGGACGUCGACCCCAAGAUUCGUUCUGAGUGCAUGGCGGCUCUGGGCCAGUGGAUGCGCAGCUACCGGGAAUACUUCUUUGAAGGCCAAUUCCUUCGGUACUUUGGAUGGAUCUUAUCGGACCCAGUUCCCCACACUCGUUCCGUAGUUGUCGCUCAGAUUCGGAGUCUAUUCGACAACAAGGACAACGUGGCUGGUAUUCGGUCGUUCAUCGAGCGUUUCCGCCAACGCAUCGUCGAGAUGGCUGCAAACGACGCUGACGUCGGGGUGCGCGCAUCCGCAAUUGAACUGUUGGACCUCAUCCGAGACGCAGGGCUGGUUGAGCCUGCCGAUGUGGACGUUGUCGGGAGACUCAUCUUCGACUCGGAGCCCCGAGUUCGAAAGACAGCGGGUCGUUUCUUCGUCGCUAGCGUGCAGGAUGUAUUUGAGUCUACGCUUGAGGAACUUGGAGAGGAGGCGAGCGAAAUGUUUGCCGACGAAGAUGAGGAGGACUUCGAAUCCCCAAAGCAAUCCUGGAUCAAGUUCAAGUGCUUGGUUGAUACUCUCCAAGCCUACGACGAGCAAGAAAACGAGUCAAAGCCUGAUCGACCUAUCUUCGCCUCGAGGGAUGUUCUGUCAGGCGCUUCACUUGACUCGCGAUUUGUCCUUGCCACUGAGGCCAUCUAUCCCUAUUUUACAGAGCUUGGCCAGUGGCAGUCAUUGGCAGGUUAUCUUCUUUAUGAUCACUCUCAGAUUGCCGACGACUCUGCGGAUAAUGAUACUGCGAGUGCCGUCAAGCGGUUGUACAAAAUCCAGGAGGGGCAAGAAAUGAUCCUUUUGGAGGUGCUCUGCAGUGCGGUGAAAUUGCGGGUGCUCGAAGUCGCCAAAUCUGAUAUUGACAAGCGAGGCCGAAAAGUGAAGACCUUGACCGAUAGGAUGCCAGAACUACAGGAAGAAAUCGCCCACAGCCUUGCGCAGAUCAUCCCUCAACUCCUGAAUAAAUUCGGCUCCGUGCCAGAAGCUGCCUCGGCCGUCUUGCGACUCGAACACCUCGUGGACCUGGACAAGAUCCAGGAUCUGCAAAGAGAUGCCACCGCCUAUACCUCUUUACUGAAUGAUAUCAACAAGCAGUUCCUGACACAUUCCGACCAGGAUGUACUGGCUGAGGCUAGCGUUGCCUUCCUUCAUGCAAAGAGCUCCGACGAUAUGCGGGAUGCGCUGGAAAGCAAGGUGCAAGAAUUGUGGGAUGAUAUGAUCGACACGCUAGGAACGUUGUCUCGUAAGAAGGAUGUUGUGGAGGGCAGUUCACUGUCUGCCUCAACCCUUAAUGAGCUUACCAACACGGUGACCAGAAUUUCGAACCUUGCGAGUGUGACUGACUGCACCGCGGCUCUAGAAGCCACGCCGGCCACCAAGUCUAAAGGGAAAAAGAAGGAUGCUGCAGAGGCGCCAUUCAACAUUCUCACGCACCUCGUAGAACGAGGACUGCGCGAUGACGAGGAAGACGAGGAUUCGGCCAAGGCAGAGACUGAGUUGACCAUCAACAGUAUGCGGACCCUGCUUUUCUAUUUCAUGUGGAAGGUCCAAGGUCUAGUCACGGUCCUUGCUACCGGGAAGGCGUCGUUGAAUACUGCCUACUUCGAAACAUUGACGAAAAGCCGGGAGACAUUCGUUUCAAUCCUCGUUGCUAUCAUGCGGCAACGCUCAGGCUUGGACGACGUCCGUUUCGCAGCAACCACCACCCUCCUGGACUUACAAACGCUGUUCGGUACGCUCCGACACGCCGGGCAGGGCGUGGGUAACGACGAGGAGGUCAUCUUCCAAACCCAAGGUUUGGUGCAUGAAGUCGACGCGAAUACCCAGUCACUCAUCGCCAAAGUCCACGGGAUCGCCGAACGGAAUUAUGCCAAACUAAUCCGUCUUCCCCUCGAACCUGCCGAGGACGACGCCCCCGAGUCUGACUCCGACCUCGAAAAGGAGCCAUCGGACGACGAAGAGACAGGCUCUGAAGGGGAAUCACCGUCCACCCAACGCCUGCGGUCGUCAAUCAUCGCAGAGCAGCGUCUUUGCGAACUGACAGGCAAGAUAGUUCUGGCUAUCAUCGGGCGCAUUCUGGACGGUUCCGGAUCCCAGCGGGGCCAGCUGAAACAGCGUCUGAUCAGACACAAGUCCCACUUGGGCCACAACUACCGCGAGGUCCUCUCCUUCCUCGAGGAACGCAAGCCAAACGCCGCUGCCGCAUCGCGGUCCAAGAGCAAGCAGCCCGCACGGGGCGGGUCCAAGGGCGCUGGCAAGAACGACCACAAAUCCACCGAACGGGUUGAAGACGACGAUGAUGAGGAUGAGGAGGAGACUCGUCACCGCGCGGACGAAGAUGACGAGGAAGAACUCCGAGCGCGGGGCCUCAUCGAAGACAACGAGAUUGACCAGGAGAAUGACCAGGAGGACGAAAAUCCCCGGACGCCUGAACCGGACGAGGACGACGUGAUGGGUGAUUGA